UCGUCACAAUAUAACGCUACAUAAGCUUUCAGACGACAACAUCCCUAACCCGCAACUGUUACUGGCAUUACGGCAUAUGUACCAUCAAUUCACACAACAUGGUAUUAUGCACGGUAAUCCCAAAUUGCACAACUUCAUUCGCACCGAGCAUGGCGUUAUGGCUAUUAACCUUGAAUUUUCACAUCUUCUGCCCAACGAUAUCACAAAUAAGCACGAACUAGCUAGUCUGAUUGACGAGAUUGGAGCUGUGAUUAAUGUCACAUCGCUUGUACAAGCCAAGUCGCACCUUUUCCAGACCUCUAUGCCUAUGAUGGGAGGCAGGUCUAGGCUGACGGAUGACAAUCAUGAGUAGUAGGCGUCGUUGAUCAUUGCCGACGCCUGCAGACAGCUAGCUGUCUUGAUGCAAUCGCACUCUGCCCCCUCCUAUAUAAUCGAAUUGAAAUACUCCCAUAUGACAUAUAUCUAGAGUACCAAUACAACACACAACUACUCUUGCGGCAUAAUAGUCUACCUGUAAUCAGUCAGUUACCUACGCCCAGUAUCAAAGGGCAUAGCAGCUGCAACUCGCAACCUCCUCUUUAGCUUCGUUCCCGGUUCGGGCAUGAAAGCAUCGUCUCGGGAAGAGACCUGGGAGCUUGGCUGAAUAGGGCUCGAGGACGAACACCUAGAUAACCCGGCGCCCACUCCCCCCCGGACCCUCUUUCCGAUUACCCCGCUACCCCGCCAAAGCCUCGCGCUAAGCAGCGGCCACUGGUUAGCUCAGGACUCUAUUUCCUACUGAAUUAUAAAGCAAGAGAAAGAGAGAACGCGUGGUCAACCUUUCAGCAUAUCGUACUCUACAGCUAUACGACGAAAAGUCUAUCUUUCGUGGAAGCCGAUAUUUUCUAGGG